CCAGUUAAGGUAAUUGCCACAGGUGCCGAUCUGACAUUUGGAGAGUGCUUGCAAACAGGAGCGCAGCAGAAUGACGAAGAGCACCUUCUUCCUGAUUCUACUUGCUGUUGUUGACGUGGCCACUUCCAGCAAAAAUGAUAUCAACAAUCGGGAAAAGCGGGAUGCUGUUCUUAUUCGUUCAAAGAGAAGAUGGGUUCUGUCCACCAUUGAUCUGGAAGAGAACAUGCCUGGACCAUAUCCCGCUAUAGUAACACAGCUGUACAAUGACAAAAAGGAGGACAACACCAUCAAGUUCCGCAUCAAAGGACAAGGGGUGACAGAGAAACCACUUGGUUUGUUUACCAUUGAUGAAAACACUGGGAUUGUAUACGUACACCAGCCCAUCGACAGAGAAGUGUACCACAUCUUCCACGUGGACUUUGAUGUGCUGGACAGGCAGACUGAUGCCACGGUGGACAAAACGCUGUCAUUUAAUGUAGAUAUAAAGGACAAGAAUGACAAUAGACCUGUGUUCACUCCGAGCACUCUCCGUGUAUCAGUUCCAGAGAACACGCCUGAAGGCGUACUCCAAGCAACAUUACAAGCUCAUGAUAAUGAUCAGAAGGAUACUCCUAAUUCCCAGUUCACCAUGAAGGUGGUGUCACAAGACCCUGCCUCACCAACAUUUACCAUGAGGGACAUGCCUGGGACCGCUACACUCAAACAGCUCGCCUUCACGGGAUGCUUUGAUUAUGAUAAAGCAAAAUCAUAUAAAGUGCUAGUCGAAGCAAGGGAUCAAGGAACACCUGCAAUGUUUUCAACUGCAACUGUUAUUCUGGACAUCACUGAUUACAACACCCAUCCCCCAGAAUUCAGUUCGGCCACGUACAACACUGAAGUGAUGGAAAUGGAAUUAAAAGAGAUUCUAAGAAUCGGCAUCAAAGACAAGGACUCACCAAACACGCCUGGUUCAAGAGCGGUGUUCUCCAUCCUGAAGGGCAAUGAAGAAGGAAAUUAUAAGAUUGAGACAGACUCCAAAACCAAUGAAGGUGUGCUGUCUGUUGUCAAGGGGAAGAAUUUCGAGAAAACUGAGAUCACAGAGCUGGAGAUAGCAGUCGAAAACAAGGAGAAAUUAUUUCAGUGUGUUGAUGGAAAGGCCGUAACAGGUACCACACCAAAUCCAAACACCGCCAAAGUGGUAGUGAAAGUCAUUAAUGUGAACGAUCCCCCCGUGUUUAAGAAGCAAGUAGAAAAAGUCUUCCGGAAUGAAAACGGACCACCAGGAGAUGUGUUGUUCGUGCCCGAGAUCAAAGAUGAGGACUCGGACGUUAACAAUCUCAGGUAUGAGUUAAUACAAGACCCAGCCAAAUGGAUGAGUGUGGAUCCGAAGACAGGAAAGAUCACCACAGUUCAGACGAUGGACCGGGAGUCUCCUUUUGUCAAAAAUGGCACCUACACAGUCAUGGUGCACGCUAUAGAUGACGGACAGCCCCCAGCUACAGGUACAUGUUCUGUAGUGGUCUACCUAGGUGACUUAAACGAUAAUCCUCCCCAUCUCAUCUCCAAGAAUACGGUCAUGUGCGGGAACAAAGUCAAUCGUGUGGAUGUGAAACCAAGAGACCUUGACGGCCCUCCGUUUGCAAAUCCCUUUACCUUCUCUCUGGGGGAAGAGCUGAAGAAUCUCUGGAAGCUGGAUCCCACCACAGGAACAAACACCUCUCUGAUAAGUUUGAGGAGUCUGCCAUAUGGAAACUACUCCGUUCCUUUGAAGAUACAAGAUCAGCAGGGGCUGCAAGCAGAAGACGUUCUUCAGGUGGUUGUGUGUGAGUGCACGGGAAUCAACACGUGUCGUGGUCGUCUUCCUUUCUCCUCAAGACUGGGCCCGGCUGCCAUCGGUCUCAUGUUUGCCGGACUUCUCCUACUGGCCUUUCUACUCCUCUUUUGUUUCCUCUGUGAAUGUAAAAGCAAGAACUUUCAACACAUUCCUCUGAACCUGGAGGAGGAGGGCAACCAAACCCUUGUCAAAUACAAUAUGGAGGGAGGGGGCUCAAUCUAUAAGUCUGAGACAGUGUUUGCUUCAAAUGGUUGGAAGGAAAGCUUGAAAAUUGCUUCUGCACCGCCUGAGUACCUGUUUACUGAUGGAUACUGGAAGGGUGAAAACGGUAUGCAGAGAAACCCUGCAGGGUAUGGCAUUCAGUACAGCUUCCAGGAAAUGUCCAGUGGUGGAGGAGUGAUGAACAUGCCACAUCACAACAUGUCAAUGGUUCGAAGGGAAAGGGAAAGCUUUAGGAAUGAAAGCCGCCAGAUGUCCCGCACACACAGCAUGGCUCGAACAGAAAGGAACCUGGCAGAACACAUUGACAGGAAAAUCAGUGGGCUUUCGGAAGAGCAGAGGGACUUUCCAGCUUAUUCUUCGUAUCAGUAUGAAUAUGAGGGGAGGGGUAGUGACUGCCAGUCACUGGAUCAGCUGACUGUUAGCAACCUCGGUGAUAACCUGGACUUCCUGCAGAACCUCGGGCCCAAGUUCAACACUCUGGGUGGGAUCUGUCAACAGUCACUGGAGCGCAGGAAUGUCCGGCUGUGAAAAUGGAUGAUGAUUUGAGGCUUUAUAUCGUUCCACAUUUCAUUAAUGCUUGUUGCUGCAAAGGGGUUACGGGGAUUUUUUUAUUUUUAUUUUUUUGUGCUGUGAUUUGUUUUUUUUGGAGACAGUGCUCUAGGCCAUUGUUGCUCAAAGACAUGGCUGGAAUUUAAGCAGCAUUAAACCUGUACAGGCGCAGAAUUAUUAUGGAUAAAAGCUGUGAACUUUACAUCUUACAUUACAUCAAGACUGCCUGCCCUCAAGAAACUGUGGGAUACACUGUGCAUUUGUGCUCACGAUUGAUGUGUAAGGAAGCAUGUUGGGUGUUUAAAAUGAAAGCUCGUGCCUGCAUCCCACCAGCUUGUCUGAAAGGAUCAGAGGCAGUUGGUGGCGUGGACUAGUGGUCUUCACAGUGACCAGUGAGCUUCUUCUCUCAUUGACGCACUGACAAGCCACUGUUCUCGUUUUUUACUUACACACACACACACACACACACAAAUGCUUUGGAGGACGUUGGGACACCAGGCCCUGGAACCCAUUGACUUCCAACAACCCAUUGACUGGACUGGAUAUUCCAUAGAAGAAAGGGACAUCAUACAACAUCAUGCAAUUUCUGAAUAACAUGAGGGUGAGUAAAUAAUGACUG